AAACUUUAAAUGUCACUUUAAUAUUUUAUUUUGUACCCACAAAUUUGUCUACAUCUGUUCUGGAGCCGGUUUUUCUUGAUUUUUUUGUUUUAACAAAUCAUCCCAAAUGACUGCCCUAUCGAAACUAAAAAGCAAAAUGCGCUCACUCUUCCUAGUGACCACAGGCGCCGGUGUAUUCUUUGCCGGAUUCAAUCUACUCAAAGGAAAAGAUAAGUUCUAUGAUGAUUUUCUUAUGCCUCUUGCACGAAAAUGUCCACCAGAAACAUCCCAUCGAUUAGCAGUGUUAGGUUGCAAAUAUAAACUUUUUACUGGUCCAAAAAACGAGGAUCCCUCUAUUUUGUCUACUCCCUUUUUUAAUAAACAACUUAAAAAUCCAAUUGGGAUUGCAGCAGGAUUUGAUAAGCAAGGCGAAGCCAUUGAAGGGCUAGACAAAAUUGGUUUUGGCCUUGUAGAAAUCGGUUCGGUUACUCCAGAAGCACAACCAGGAAAUCCAACACCCAGAGUAUUUCUCCUAGAUUCUGAUCAAGCAAUAAUCAAUCGAUAUGGCUUUAACAGUGAAGGUCAUCGGGUUGUCUUCGAUCGUAUUAGUGACCUAAAGAAGGGUAACAACUUUAAGGGAAUUCUUGGAAUAAAUUUGGGAAAGAACAAAACAUCACCGAACGCUCUGGAUGACUAUGUCAAAGGAGUUAACUUAUUCGGGCCAAUUGCAGAUUAUUUAGUCAUCAAUGUGAGCAGUCCGAAUACUCCUGGCUUAAGGGACCUUCAGGGAAAACAAGAUCUCGAAAACUUGCUUACCGGAGUCAUAGAAGCCCGCAAUAAACUUCCUGUCAACAAUGGUGUUCCAGUUUUCGUCAAAAUCGCUCCAGAUCUAACAAAAAAAGAUAUUGAAGACAUAUCCUCGGUGGUGCUGAAGGGUAAAUGCAAAGUUGAUGGAUUAAUUGUGUCCAAUACAACGAUUGACAAAUCAAAAGUCAGUGAUGCCGAACUUGCCAAAGAAGCUGGCGGUUUGAGUGGUGCACCUCUAAAGUCCAAAUCCACGCAACUCAUUGCCCAGAUGUAUGCUCAAACUAAGGGUAAAAUUCCGAUUAUUGGAGUUGGAGGUGUAUUUAGCGGUAGUGAUGCUUUCGAAAAGAUCGAAGCUGGAGCUUCCUAUGUACAGUUAUAUACGGCAUUUGUGUAUCAUGGUCCGCCAAUAGUUACAAAAAUAAAAACCGAACUAGCCGAUAUAUUGGUUGAAAAGGGUUACAAAAGUGUUUCAGAGGUUGUGGGAAAAAAUUACAAGAAGUACCUUAAUAAUAAUUAGCAAUAGUUUUGUUUCUGUUCUACUUCUAAUUGAAUGCUGCACAAGCGCGCUAUGUUUGAAUCUUACGUCCUCAGCUUAAGUUCUUUUUUUUAUUAUACCUAAUUUGUUUAGAAAAAAGUUAAAAAGUUGAAAUAUAAAAUCGAAUUUUAAAGAAAAUUGUUAUGAGAAAGCAUAA